AUGUCGAUCGAAAUCGAGUCCUCAGAUGUGAUCCGGCUCAUUAUGCAGUACCUCAAGGAGAACAGUCUACAUCGGGCGCUAGCCACCUUGCAGGAAGAGACGACUGUGUCUCUGAAUACAGUGGACAGCAUUGAGAGUUUUGUGGCUGACAUUAAUAGUGGCCAUUGGGAUACUGUUUUACAGGCUAUACAGUCUCUGAAAUUGCCAGACAAAACCCUCAUUGACCUCUAUGAACAGGUUGUUUUGGAAUUGAUAGAGCUCCGAGAAUUGGGUGCCGCCAGAUCUCUUCUGAGACAGACUGACCCCAUGAUCAUGUUAAAACAAACACAGCCAGAGCGGUAUAUUCAUCUGGAAAACCUCUUGGCCAGGUCUUAUUUCGAUCCUCGGGAGGCAUACCCCGAUGGCAGUAGCAAAGAGAAGAGAAGAGCAGCCAUUGCCCAGGCCUUAGCUGGGGAAGUCAGCGUGGUGCCUCCAUCUCGUCUCAUGGCUUUGCUGGGUCAGGCAUUGAAGUGGCAGCAGCACCAAGGAUUGCUUCCUCCUGGCAUGACCAUAGAUCUGUUCAGAGGCAAAGCAGCUGUCAAAGAUGUCGAAGAAGAAAAGUUUCCUACACAGCUGAGCAGGCAUAUUAAGUUUGGUCAGAAAUCACAUGUGGAGUGUGCUCGAUUUUCUCCAGAUGGUCAAUAUCUGGUUACUGGGUCCGUUGAUGGAUUCAUUGAAGUAUGGAACUUUACAACUGGAAAAAUCAGAAAGGAUCUUAAGUACCAGGCGCAGGAUAACUUUAUGAUGAUGGAUGAUGCUGUUCUCUGUAUGUGCUUCAGCAGAGAUACAGAAAUGUUAGCAACUGGUGCCCAAGAUGGAAAAAUCAAGGUAUGGAAGAUUCAGAGUGGGCAGUGUUUAAGGAGAUUUGAAAGGGCUCACAGCAAAGGUGUCACCUGUCUAAGCUUCUCUAAGGACAGCAGUCAGAUCCUUAGUGCCUCUUUUGACCAGACAAUUAGAAUUCAUGGUUUAAAAUCUGGAAAAACCCUGAAGGAAUUCCGUGGCCACUCCUCCUUUGUCAAUGAAGCGACCUUCACACAGGACGGACAUUAUAUUAUCAGUGCAUCCUCUGAUGGCACUGUAAAGAUCUGGAACAUGAAGACCACAGAAUGUUCAAACACCUUUAAAUCCUUGGGCAGCACUGCUGGGACAGACAUCACUGUCAACAGUGUGAUCCUGCUUCCUAAGAACCCAGAGCACUUUGUGGUUUGCAAUAGAUCCAACACAGUGGUGAUCAUGAACAUGCAGGGACAGAUUGUCAGAAGCUUCAGCUCCGGUAAGAGAGAAGGUGGUGACUUUGUGUGCUGUGCCCUCUCCCCCCGUGGCGAAUGGAUCUACUGUGUAGGGGAGGACUUUGUGCUCUACUGCUUCAGCACCGUCACUGGCAAGCUGGAGAGAACGCUGACAGUUCACGAGAAGGAUGUGAUUGGUAUUGCACAUCACCCUCAUCAGAACCUGAUUGCUACUUACAGUGAAGAUGGAUUGCUAAAGCUUUGGAAACCCUAA